AUGACCAAGGUGGCCACCACCACCAACAACAGCGCCAGCAAAACGUGCCUAGCGACGCUUCCGUAUAUAGACACAACUACGAAGCAUGAAAAAUUUGAGCUCGGCGAAGGUUCCAAGAUUUGCGUAUCCAAGGGUGGCUUCAAGCUCGGCGAGGCGGCGAGAAAAGUAGAACUCGCGCGCAAGGGGUUGAUAUAA